AUGACCUCCUCCAUCCUCCCGGCGUCAUACAUCCAAACCUCCAUCACCCAAAUCUGCAGCCUGUGGUCAAACUACGGCUCCAUCACCCGCAUCCACAUCUCCUCCCCCAAAAAGACAACCUUAAUCCUAAAAUCAAUCCUCCCCCCCAACUCCCCCCCAUCCCAAUCCCCACCCGACGAAUCCCACCUUCGAAAACUCAUCUCCUACCGCGUAGAACGCUACUUCUACACCCACCUCUCCCCCCUCCUCUCCCCCCUCCAAUCCACAAAAGUCGCAGAAGCAAUCUCAAUAAACGACUCAACCGGCCAACUCCUCCUCGAAGACCUCUCAACCUCCUACCCAGUAACCUGUUACGGCUCUCUCCCAAUCCAUCCCACAACCACCGUCCUAACCUGGCUGGCCGGUUUCCACGCCACAUUCUGGGCACCAGAGAUCUCCCCAAUCUUAUCCCCCAAGAUAGGAUCCCCCACCGCCGUCCCCGCACCUCUAUCCGUCCAAUCCCCAACAACCACAACCGGUAUCUGGGAAAGAGGUGGAUACUGGUACCUAGCCACCAGAACCGACGAACUAAAUUCUCUAAAAGACGACUGGCACGCUGAAGAUAAAUACCUAUUACCGUGGGCCAAGGAUGUCGACAGAAGAAUCCAAUCCGAAAAUAAACAAUGGAAAACUCUAAUCCACGGUGAUGUCAAAGGUGCAAAUAUAUUCUUAUCCUCAUCACCAUCAUCAUCAUCAUCAUCAUCAUCAUCAUCAUCAUCAUCAUCAUCAUCAUCAUCAUCAUCAUCAUCAUCAAAUACCACAGAUCUAAAAGCAGCACUCUACGACUUCCAAUACUGCGGAAUCUCAACCCCAGCCGUCGAUCUAGUAUACUUCAUCGGAACAACAGUAGACAGAUCCCUUCUCAAGAAUCUAGACAAUUUACUUGCAAUAUACUAUACAAAUCUAAAACAAGCUUAUGAAGCUACCCACGAAGGCAAGAAACUAGAAGAAGAAACUGGUUAUUCGUAUAACGCAUUGAAAGAACAAUGGGAUGUUGCCCUGGUCGAUUGGAUGAGAUUUAUGGCCGGCUGGGGCACCUGGGGAAAUUGGCGUUGGGUUAGAGAGCAAGCUCAAACUAUCGUCAGCAGAUGGGAAGCCGAAGGUCGCACUCCUAUCGAUAAUUAA